AUGAAUAAUAGUAGUAAUAAUGAUAACAACUAUGAUGAAAAAACCUCAAAAGUAUUUUAUCUAGUUUUUCAUAAUAAAUUUUUAUUUAAUAAAAUAUUUAAUUUCAUUCAUUCAGUUGAAUUUAUUAAAUAUAAUAGUUUAAAUGAUGUUCAAAAUGAAAGAUUCAUUUUUAAAAAUAUAACAUCAUUAAAGUUUCUACUAGAAAAAAAACUAUAUCAUUUAUUAAAAUACAAGUUAGAGUCUGAUGAAUAUAUCCAUGUGGAUAGUAAAAUUGAUUUUAUAAAAAUGAUCAGUAGUCACAGAGAUUUGGCAAAAGAAAUAUUCAAAUUAUUUUUACAAUCAACAUUAUUUGGAAAUCUUAACGAAAGCAAUAAUAUAUUUUAUGUAUCCUUAGAAAUGUUUGAUGAGGAUUUUAUUCAAAAUAUACUUAAUGGACCAAACUCUCAUCCAGUUCUUCCUUCAAUGUUAUUGUAUUUCUUUGAAUUUUCAACAAAUUCAAAAAUUAAAAUAGUAUUAGAUUCAUUUUAUAAUAUAAAUAAAAAUAACAAUAGCAACAACAUCAAUAAUAAUAACAAUAACAAUAAUAAUGAAAACAAAAAAACCCUCCAAAUUAAUAAUAAUAUUUCUAAAACCUUAACAUUCCAAAAUGAAUAUAAAAAUGAAAUAAUAUCCAAUAUUUAUCAUUACAGUCAAUUUAAAGAUUGUUUUCAACGUGAUAGGGUAUUACAACUUGUUUUAAGCAAUAAAGAAUAUUAUAAUAUACAUAAUAAUAAUAAAAUCGAUAUAGUAGAUAUAGUUUUCAAAACAAUAUCAAUAGAGAAUCAAAAUAAUUUAUUAGAUUUGAAAUUAUAUUUUUUACCUAGUUAUGUUUCAAAAAAUAACCAAUUAUUCAUAGAAAUAGAUGAUAUAAUUGAUAAUAAUAAAGAUAACAAUAGAAUAAUAAAACUAUCAGAAUAUAUUAUAAAUAAUUUUAUAAUUUUAGGAGGAUGUACUCAUAACUAUUCCAGAUUUUUAGAAAUAAAACAAUAUCCAUUUGAUUAUUUUUCCCAUAAAAAAUCAAUCAAAUUAGAAGAUUUAAAACUACUUUUACAAAACAAUACAAAUAAUUGGAAAAAAAUCAAAGAUCAUAAUCAUUCACCAUCAUUUUAUGAAAUAGAUUUAGAAUCUAUCAAAUUUUAUUUUGAAAAUGAAAAACAUUUAUAUUUUAUCGAAUCCGACAUUUGGGAAGCAAUAGGGUACUCAAUUAAAAAUUAUAAGGAAAAUAAAAAACCAAUAGGAGCAACAACAACAUUACUUGUAGUCAAAGAUAAACAAACAGUCGAUUUAAUUUCAGAAAUCAUGGGUUUGUAUAAACGAACUAUCCCGGAAUAUGUCAAUAAAUUUCCAGGUCCAAGAUUCUCUAUUUUAGAUAUCAUGGGUUCUAGUGGACACUAUCCACCUAAAAUAGACGAGAACACCUUUAAAUUCAAUAGCCUUGAAUUAUUAAAAUAUACAGAUGAAAAUAUCUUUACAUUGGCAAAUUUAAAUGUUUUCGGACAACCACUAAAGAAUGCCAUCCAAAUUAAACUCAUAGAAGAUGCUGUUUUGGAAAUACCACUCAAGAAUGCCAUCGAAGCAUUUAAUUUAGAAGAAUUAAAGUCAAUAUUUGAACUUAUCAAAGAUUAUAGUUUAUCUAGACUAUACUAUUCAUACAAGAAACCAAAUAGACCACUAUCAGAUCAAGAUAUUACACAAAUCACCGAAACUAUCGAAUAUUUCAUCAAAAUCAAUUGUCCUCAGGGUGUCUAUUAUUGUUUAGAUCUAAUGCCAGAAGGAUAUUAUGAACACACUGAAAAAGAUAUCCCUUUAACCAAUCUAUUUAAUAAUUGUGAAGUUUUAACCACAGUAUUCGCAAUAUCAGUGAAACUUCUAUCAGUUCACAUCAUCAAGCUAUUAAUUAACAAAUAUCAUUAUAAUGCAGAUCUUGAAAACAAAUUAUCAAAUUACACCAGUAGCUUUUUUGAAGUUGAAAAGCUUAAAACCAAUAAAAACCCUCAUACUCCUUGGUUGUUUUACAACUACCACAAUAAAAAAAUAGAUUUUCAAACACAAAGAUACGAUAAUAUCAAUAUCUAUGAUGUAAUAUCAAUCAUUCAUUUAAUAAUUAGUAAAUCUAAACAAUUACAAAAUAAAAAAGGACAACAAUCAAUAUCAAAUAUCAAUGAAAAUUAUAUUUUUACUCCAAUACCUAAAGUCAACAUUUAUCAAGGUGAGGCUCUUAUGAUCCUAAUCAACAAAUUGUUUAAAAUAUUAAUUCAAAGUAAAGGUGAAGUGCCAUUUGAAAAGAUCAAGUCAACUUAUCGAUUCAUCAACAGCUCUGGUGUAACUACAGUUCAAAAAUCAGCAUUAUUUUCAAUUUACUAUCUUGCGAAUAAAUCAUUAAUUCUCACCAAAUAUUUAUUUGGUUUAUCAAUGUUUGAAGUUCUUAAUUACAGUGAAAAUGUUUUUAAUUGUGAAGAUCUUGAAAUAUUGGUUAAAAGAUUAGAAGACUUGAUAGAUCCAGAAGUGUUUUCAUUUGAAUAUAUAUUUGGGAAUAAUAGAUGUAUUUAUUGUGACAAUGGUGCGUCAUGCGGGGAUAUAAUCGAAAAGCUUCAUCAAAACAUUUUUAACAAGUUACACACAAUCUACAAAAGACCACCUCUUUUAUUUAUCUCUAACCUUUGUUUCCGAACUGUAAAAACCUUGUUGUACCUUCAAAGAUAUGAUUUGUUUUUAAAAUAUUUAGAAGAAUUGAAACUCAGAAACAUAGGGAUAAAUGGAAUCAUAGAUCCAAGUUUUAUAAACUUAGCAAACAUUUUUAAAACUGGUGACAACACUUUAAUCUCUACAUUAUUGAAUGGAUACAGCAUAUAUUGUAUUUUUACAAUAGAAGGAGUCCAAGAUUUAUUAAAAUAUAAUAUCGAAAACAACACCAAUAUCGGACAGUCAUUAAUAAAAAAAGAAAUACACACUAUUUAUGAUAAGAAUUUUCAUUCAGAUUCAAUAUUAGCUCUCCACCAUUUAAUAUUUGGCGAUAAUAGUGAAAUUAAGUUCUCAUUUAUAAUCGAACUAUACAAAAUACCAUUCAAACUAUAUCAUUUCCUCCUAAACACUUAUCCAAAUAAUGCUCUAUUAAAACCUUCAAAAAAAUUAAUAAAUGAAGCCAUACAUAAAGAUUUUAUCGUCUUCCUCAAAAAACUAUAUCAAAAUGAUCUUAUCAAUGACGAUAUUGACAACACCAACGAUGAAUAUAAUCAACUACUAUCCCAUUUGAAACAAAAACUAUCAGAAAAUUUAAAAUGUAAAUAUAUUAACUGGUUUAAUUAA